AUGUUGUCGCACGCACCCGCUGGACGGCCGGCCGCCCCGCGGCCUGCAGACCCUAAAUGCCGCAAGGGGCCCGGCGCCGGCGCCUACCGCAGUGCGGACGGAGACAGGAUCGCCGACCAGUCCAAUUGGCUUCAGAGGCGCCAGAUGUUGCUGUGCGGUGGGUCAGCCGUGCCAUUGCUGCUACUCCAGGCUGACAAUGCAUUGGCCAGGCAGAGGCCAGGCCUGGGGGUGGAAUCACAGCAAUGUGCACUGGAGGAACUGACAACUGAGUCUGCAACUGAGUGCAGGCUCAAGAUUUUGAGGGAGGAUCAGGAUGCUGCUGGGAGCGCUGACUACAAAGCUCUAGCAAAGGAAAACCAAACACAGGCCGCGGGUGUUGGCACAGCGACAGGUGCUGCUGAUGCGGAGUAUGUGGAGAUGACAACAGCACUGGCAGACUAUAUUGGACAAUGGGCAUCCCUGGAUGUUUAUGACCCUGCGAGGUUAACUGCACUGGCUGCAAUCAAAUCUGAUGGCCCAAAAUGGGUCAGCAAGUAUGCACGAGGUGGCAGUGUAAAAAAUCAGAGUGCAAGGAGGUUUUACAUAGCGCUAGAUGCUGCCUUGGGACACAUUGCGCCAAACGGGUGA